AUGUCCGACUCUGAUUCCAACGAUGAAGCAGAUCGCGACAUUCAACUGAUCGUGGAAGCGAAUGACAUUGUCAAGGACGCAGCAAACCACGUUACGAGCAUUGCCGUCUCGUCUCCCGCCACAGACGAUCUUGUUACGCUUGUGCUGACGACUCUGGAGCAGCGCGACUGUCGGAUUGAGCUCACCGUCGAUGGGCUGAAGAUAAUAUCCAUGUCUGGACCAGCCGAUAAAGCUGUUGGCUCGACGUUCGAGUCCAUCCAAGCGCUGUUGAGUUGCAUCAGUCCAAAGUUUCGGGGUGCGUUUGCAGGCGAUCUGGCAAGUCGUCUCGCCGCUCUCGCAGAGUCAUCACAAUGA